AUGUUCGCAACGCCGCCGCCCGACUGCGUUGCUCGCGCGGAGGGCGCGCUCGUGCUGCACGUCGACAACUUCACGUCUGUCCAGGCCGCGCUCGACGCCGCUGCCGCGAGCGCGCGAGCGCACGCGGCGAACACUGCGCUCUUGUUUGCUUUGCGCGAGUACCGGCUCGGUAGCUCAGGCACUGCUGGCAGCAGCGUGCUGAGCGUAUCCAACGUUGCAAAUUUGCGCAUCGACGGCUGCGGAGCGACGGUUGUAGUGACAACGCCGGUUGCUGGAUUCUUGCGCGUCACAAACGCCACGCGCCUUCUCGUGAGCAACCUGACGAUUGACUAUGAGCCUCUGCCGAUGACUCAGGGACGCGUGGUCGCGGUGCGCUCGCCGCUGCGCUACUCGCUCAAGAUCGACAACGGCUUUCCGAUGCUGAGCAACCCAUACUUUGUCGCGUCUGGCGCGUACCGGGCCGAGCGCUGGGCCCUGGUCAAGGAUCGUGCGGCGCCGACGCGGCACAAGGAGGGCACUCUCAACCUGCACGUCGUCGCCAACUGGACGGAUCGCGGCGGCGGCGUCUUUGACGUGACGCUCUGCUCUCCCCUCGAGCUCAGCAGGACGUGCACUUCACGCCUCGGCGCCGGCGCGGUGCCUCCGCCACUCGAGUCGCGAGAUGAUGCCGUCGUCCCUCCAGAGGUCGGCGACCCAAUCGUGCACCUUGCGCGCUACUACGAGUCGCCAACGUUCGGCCUGAGCCUGUGCGGCGAGUGCGCGUUCGAGGGCGUGAGCAUCCACGCGUCGCCCGGCGCGUCGUUCGUGGCGGAGGGCUCGAGCGCCCUCGUCGUGCGCGACGCAACAGUCGCGCCUGCGCCAGGGCGCUACCACAGCACCAAUGCGGACGGCGUGUUCGUUUUGGACGCGCGCGUCGGGCCCACCGUCCACGGCUCACGGCUCGUGGCCAUUGGCGACGACGGGAUCAUCGUCAAGACGCGCAGCGGCGUAUGCACGCGGCAGGUCGGUGAGUCGUACACGCUGAGCGGCAUCGGCCUUCCGCGCCCAGGCGACGUGAUGCGCGUGUGGACUCCCACGGCCACGAGCGGGUUGCCCGCCGCGAGUGCCACCGUGCUUUCCGCGGCAGGCCCGGCGUCCGCGCCGACCGUCAGCUUCGCCGAACCGCUCGAUGGCAUCGCCUGCGACGCGACGAGCUUGUGGGCGAAUGACAACCUCACCGGUCCGGGCUUCCGCAUCGCUGACAGCACGAUCGCGUCACGCCGCUUCGGCGUGCUGUGCAUGGCGCGCGACGGCGUCAUCGAGCACAACGCCUUCGUCGACAACCCGGCUGCUGCCGUGCUGCUGAUCAACGACGACGACUACGACGACCCCAAGGAGGCGCGCAUGGGAUGGAUGCCGCGCAACGUCACCAUCGUGCACAACGCCUUCGUGAACAACAGCCGCUGCGCUACAGACCCGUGGCAUACUGGCACCGCUCCGUCACUGCUCGGGGUGGUCGCCACAGCCGUCGUCGGGCCGCAUGCAGGGCAGCCCGCGCCCUUCCGCCGCCUCACGUAUCGUGGCGUCCGCAGAGUCACCGUUGCGGACAAUCGCUUCGACGGCUGGUUCCGUGGCCUGGCCAUCUCUGUCGGCAACGCGGCCAGCGCGGCAGUGCGCGACAACACGAUUGCCAACCCGCCCACAUCGUCGUCCGGCGUGCCUCUCGGCGCGGCAGUGGCCGUCUGCGAGGCUGAUGGCGUCGCGAUCGACGGCAACGCGCUCGUAGGGCGAUGGAGCAGCGUCGCCGCCGCCGUCAGCGUCGAUGCGCGAUCGACGAGCCGCGUGGAAGAGGCAAAUCAAUAUGUAGAUCCGAUAGCCCCAACCUAUCGGUAG